AUGUCUGGAGGCAAAUCUGGAGGCAAAUCCGCUGCUGGCACCAAGUCGCAAACCCGUUCCGCCAAGGCCGGUCUUCAAUUCCCCGUUGGCCGUAUCCACCGUCUCUUGCGCCGUGGCAACUAUGCCCAGCGUGUCGGUGCUGGUGCCCCCGUCUACUUGGCUGCCGUCCUCGAAUACUUGACUGCCGAAAUCCUCGAGUUGGCUGGUAACGCUGCCCGCGACAACAAGAAGUCCCGUAUCAUCCCCCGUCACUUGCAGUUGGCCAUCCGUAACGAUGAAGAAUUGAACAAGUUGCUCGGCCACGUCACCAUCGCCCAGGGUGGUGUCUUGCCCAACAUCCACGCUUCCUUGUUGCCCACCAAGUCCAAGAAGGCCGGUGCUUCCCAGGAACUGUAA